GAGUAGCGAGUCCCCUCCACAUUUGUUGACGAAGAGUUCGGCUUUCACCGUCAGUCUACACUCAUCGGCCGCGCGGACUCGGCCAAGAUGGCGGGGAGCAAUGCCGGCUUUGACUCCAACUGCAUGACGCUGACGAGGUUUGUGCUGGCGGAACAGCAGAAGUACCCGGAAGCCUGUGGUGACUUGACUCAACUUCUGGUCAGCAUCCAGACAGCUGUUAAAGCCGUCAGUUCCGCUGUCAGGAAGGCUGGUAUCGCUAAGCUAUAUGGUAUCGCAGGCUCCACUAAUGUCCAGGGAGAAGAGGUCAAGAAGUUGGAUGUUCUGUCCAACGAAUUGUUCAUCAACAUGUUGUCAGCAUCUUUCACCACCUGUGUUCUUGUCAGUGAGGAGAAUGACCAAGCGAUCAUUGUAGAAGUGGAAAGACAAGGCAAGUACAUUGUCUGCUUCGAUCCCCUGGAUGGAUCCUCCAACAUUGACUGUCUGGUGUCCAUUGGCUCCAUCUUCAGCAUCUACCGGAGACCAGCUGGAUCGAAGCCUGUAUCCGAGAAGGAUGCUCUACAGCCAGGUAACCAGCUGGUGGCUGCCGGCUACGCUCUCUACGGCAGUGCCACCAUGAUGGUGCUGGCCAUCGGCAAGGACUCUGGCGUCAAUGGGUUCAUGCUCGACCCGGCUAUUGGAGAGUUUGUUCUGACAGACCCCAACAUCAGGCUGCCAGCCAAGGGGAAGAUCUACAGCAUCAACGAAGGAUACUCGUUCCAGUGGCAUCCUGCCAUCAAGCAGUACGUGGACAGGAAGAAGGAUCCAAAGUUUGGGAAACCGUAUGCUGCUCGUUAUGUCGGCUCUAUGGUAGCCGAUGUUCACCGAACUCUGAAGUACGGAGGGAUCUUUAUGUACCCUGCAACCAAGGACUCUCCUCAAGGAAAGCUACGCCUGCUCUAUGAGGGUAUUCCCAUGGCCUACCUGACAGAACAGGCGGGAGGUCUGGCGUCUGACGGCACACAGAGGGUGCUGGACGUUGUGCCCACUAAGAUACAUCAGCGUUGCCCGAUCUUCCUCGGCUCCAAGGAUGAUGUCAGCGAACUGUUGCAGCUGAUUGCGUCAUCGUAAGCUGCAGGGGGAUCAUACAGAUGACGGAUUGUGCCAAUUUUUCUUCUCAUUACUUACUGGGGUUGGCUUCAUUGAAGUUUUUACUACUGUUGAUUGUGAUUAAAUCAAAUUUAUAUUGUUCAAUACAAAAAUGGAACAUCAACAUA